CAGGAAGCCUCUGGCCUACUACUUCCGGUCAGGCCGGAAGAGCCAGGGGUGUUGUUUUGUUUUUGUUGAUGGGAGUCCACCGGGGAGCGGGGGAGGGGCCGCCGCCGCCGCCAUGAAGAAGUUCUUCCAGGAGCUGAAGGCGGAUUUGCAGUUCCGGGGGGCCGGGCCGGGCCAGAAGCUGAGCGAGUCGCCUCGGGAACGAGCCCCCAAAGAGAAGUCCAAAGCUGCAGACCUCCCCAAACCUCGACAGGGCCCCACAAAUGAAGCCCAGAUGGCAGCAGCCGCAGCCCUGGCCCGACUGGAGCAGAAGCCGAAGCCUCGAGCCCCAACGUCCCAAGAUGCCAUCAGAAAUCAGGUGAAAAAGGAGCUAAUGAAUGAAGCUGCUGCAAGUGAAAAGGAAGAGCCUUUGGAUCAACAGAAUUCUUUGCCCGCUGUUGAGGAAGACCCAGCCACCCUCUCAGUCUCUGGUAUCUACUUUAUUUGCCCAUUAACAGGGGCCUCUGUCCGGAAAGACAAAAAAGAGGCCCACCUCCGCGAAGCCAUUCAACAGCACGCUUCCCAAGACCCCGUGGGUGCUUCUAUCAUGGAGAUCCACACUUUGAAUCGGGACCGGGAAAAGGUCAAGCUUGGGGUCGAGACCAUCGCCAAGUACCUUGACAACAUCCACCUCCAUCCUGAAGAAGAGAAGUAUCAGAAAAUCAAACUUCAGAACAAAGUUUUUCAGGAAAGAGUCCUUCCUUUGGAGGGGGCAGACAAGUUUUUCCAGGCUGUUGGAUUUGAAAAGACUACCUUGAACGUUCCAGGGCAGGAGGAUCAGGAGGACUUCUACGUGCUGAAGGCCGAAGCCUUUGAAAAGCUGGAUGACCUCAUGGAACACAAGAAGAAACUGCUGAGUUCUGAGCCGGUGAGAGCCCAGCUGGAUCGCCAGCUCCGGGUUUUCAAGCCAUCCCCUCGGGCCUCUCACUUUGAGCUGCCCAGUGACUUCUUCAACCUCUCCACUGAGGAGCUGAUCCGAGAAAGACGACUCCGGGCAGAAGCUGUGGAGAAGUCCUCCAUGCUGAGAACCAAGGCCAUGAGGGAGAAAGAGGAGCAGAGAGAAAUGAAGAAAUACAACUACACGUUGCUGCGGGUCCGUUUCCCCGAUGGGUACAUCCUGCAAGGGACGUUCUUUGCCCGGGAGCCCGUCUCAGUCCUUUACCAGUUUGUGCAGGAGGCCCUGCAGGUUGACUGGCUGCCCUUUGAGCUGCUGGCCCCCGGGGCCCAGAAACUGACUGACAAGAACGUGGCUUUCAACGAGUGUGGGCUGGUGCCCUCUGCGCUCCUGACAUUUAUGGCAGAUGAAGAAAUCAUGGCUGACAUAAUAGAGCAGAUUGGCGGCUGCGUGCUCAAACCGGACCUCCUCUCAGACGUGCAGAUUCUGUCCUGAAAAUAAAAUGGACCCCGUUUUGCUGCGCGUGGCUCCCUUCUCCCUAUGUCAACUGACAGCUGUUUCAGCCACUUCUAUAUCUCUGGCCUCAUGAAACCUUGCGAGAAGAAACACUGAUUGGUUUAGUGUUUGGUGGUAAGAAGCUGGACUCUGAGCAGCCUUUGGGCGGGAUGGUGGGGCACACCUCCCCGUGCAGGAACAGGCUGCGCUGAUUUGCACGUGUUUUUGGAGACUUUUUUACAGUGCUGCUUUCUCUCCUCGCCUAUUUAUACGGUUAACUGUACAUGGCAACUGCCUUCUAAGAGGUUUCGUAUCCCUUCACUUGCCCCAAAUAAAAGCAUUACUGGGCAGAAAAA